AUGGCUCAGACAGACGAAACGGCUCUUGCUCUAGGUCAGAGAUCAGAAUCUGGGUCGGAAAACGGCGACCAGAGCGACGAAGAUAUCUCACCGACACUUCAAAAUGGUGCGGUUGGAGAACAAGAACAGUCCAACGACGUAGACUCACCACCUCGGCUCUCCAAAAAGGCACAGAAACGUCUACUUAAAGCGCAAAGGUAUCAAGAACACAAGCUAGAACGAAGAGCGAAAGAAAGGGCUGCUAAAAAGGCCAAAAGGGCUGCUACACGCGCCGUACUGGAGGAACAGCAGGCAAAGCGGUCUGAAACGUCGACCGGCGAGGGUGUCGGUGGAGAAGAUGAUGAGAUGGUUGGAGAGGAAACUCGUAAGAGGAGUCGAGAAGGAGAUGAAGAGGUUGGUAGAGAGUCCAAGCGGCGACGACAGGAUGCCGUGUCCGACGGUACGAGUGCCACGAACAAACAGGCGAGAAAGCAACCUUUUGGUGCAAAGAUUGUCGUAGAUCUUGGGUUUGACGACAAGAUGACCGACAGGGAGAUCAUCUCAAUGGUUUCACAAUGCGCAUACUGCUAUUCUUCUAAUCGCAAAACGGACACGCCAUUCUCUGCGCUCCUGUUCACCUCGUUGAAUGGCCGAACGCGGCAACGCUUCGACCUCUUGAAUACAUAUCAAAACUGGAAAGGCGUAGAGUGGUGGGAAGAGGGCUACGAGCAACUGUGGCAACCUACUUCAUCAUCUAUAGCACCGACAAGCAUUGUGUCAUCUACCUCAUUGGGCGAAGAUGAGCAAAUGACGGAUGCCACAAACCAAGGGCAAGGCAUAUCAGAUUCACCCGGGGAGCACACGUAUACUUGCCCUGUCACCAAAACUCCAAAGAAACGGACUACAUGCACAAAGGAAAAAGUCGUUUAUCUCACAGCCGACUCAAACGAGGAACUCCUCGAACUUGAUCCAGACGCAACAUAUAUCAUUGGUGGCAUCGUUGACAAGAACCGUUACAAGUCACUCUGCGAGAACAAGGCCAAAGAGCAAGGCGUACGAACAGCUCGCCUUCCAAUUGGGAUCUACCUCAAAGAGCUGCCGACGCGCAAAGUGCUCACAGUUAACCAGGUAUUUGACAUUCUCGUAAAGUGGGUCGAAUGUCGAGAUUGGAGAAAGGCGCUCUACGACGUGAUGCCGCUACGCAAAUUUGAAAACGUUAGUAAAGCGGCACGCAAAGCAAAGAAAAAGCAGAAAGAAGACGAUACAACCGAGCAAAUCGCAGAGGCCGACGAGGAAAUAGAGGAGUCAGGUGACAAAGGACUGGACGCAGCUCGUGCCAGUCCUUUGCACGGGAGCGAAACAUGA